AGUAAUGCCGCGAGAUUCAGUUUUACAGAUCUAAUUUUUAAUAAGUUUUAUUCAACUAAUUUAUAAUUAACUAACCUUUUUAAAUUCUAAAUUAAAGUAAUUAGAGGUUAAAUAAGACAAUAAUGAGUUUAUCAAAACAUGUACAAGACAUAGAGAAUCUUUUGCAGUUGAAUCCCAAAAUCAAUCCAUAUGCUAACUAUGUAUCAACAGUGAAAACUAAAAAGAAUCGAAAAUAUUGGAAAAGAAAUGAUGACCACAACUGCUCAUCUUGUGCAGACCUUACAAAGAAUUUUGAAGACAUAAAGCAUACAACACUAAGUGAAAGAGCGGCUUUAAAAGAAGCAGCAAGAUGCUUAAAGUGUGCUGAUGCACCUUGCCAAAAAAGUUGUCCUACUCAGUUAGACAUCAAGUCCUUCAUAACUAGCAUUUCUAAUAAGAAUUACUAUGGAGCUUCAAAGGCAAUUUUUAGUGACAAUCCUCUUGGUUUAACUUGUGGAAUGGUAUGUCCUACAAGUGACCUUUGUGUUGGAGGCUGUAAUCUUUAUGCAUCAGAAGAGGGACCAAUUAACAUAGGCGGUUUACAGCAAUUUGCAACAGAGAUUUUCAAGAAGAUGAGAAUUCCUCAAAUCAGAGAUCCAAAACUUACUCCAAUCGAGCAGCUGCCAGAAAGUUAUAAAUCAAAGAUAGCAUUGUUAGGAUGUGGACCUGCUUCUAUUAGUUGUGCUACUUUUCUUGGAAGACUUGGUUACUCAAAUAUCACUAUUUUUGAAAAGGAGGCAUUUAAAGGUGGAUUAAGCUCUUCUGAGAUCCCACAGUAUCGCUUACCUUAUGAUGUUGUUAACUUUGAAAUUGAGCAAAUGAAAGACCUCGGCAUUAAAAUUGAACAUGGAAAAUGCUUGAGUAAAAAUGCUGGUCUUACAAUUCGUUCUUUACAAAAUGAUGGUUAUAAAGCAAUUUUUGUGGGAAUUGGUCUUCCUGAACCAAAGAUUAUUCCAGAGUUUGAAGGGUUAACUGUAAAGAAUGGAUUUUAUUCUUCUAAACAUUUUCUGCCACUUGUUUCAAAAGCAAGCAAACCUGGUAUGUGUUCCUGCAAAUCAGAACUUCCUCAACUCCAUGGAAAUGUUAUUGUUCUUGGAGCUGGUGAUACAGCAUUUGAUUGCUGUACAUCGGCAAUUCGAUGUGGUGCUCGUCGUGUAUAUGUGGUAUUUCGAAAAGGUUUUACUAAUAUUCGAGCUGUACCUGAAGAAAUGGAGCUUGCACGCAAAGAAAAGUGUGAAUUUUUACCAUUUAUGUCACCUAAGCAAGUUAUCCUUAAAGGUGAUCACAUUACUGCAAUGGAGUUUUAUAGAACAGAACAACAAGAAGAUGGUACAUGGAUCGAAGACAUUGAGCAAACAAUGACAAUCAAGGCAAACUUUGUUAUUUCUGCUUUUGGGUCAACUUUAGCUGAAAAAGAUGUUAUUGAUGCUCUUGAGCCAUUAACUUUUAAUCGAUGGGGUCUCCCAGAAGUUAAUCCAGAUACAAUGGAAACAAAUGAAAGAGGAGUUUUUUGUGGCGGAGAUAUUGUUGGGAUUGCUCAAACUACUGUUGAAUCUGUCAAUGAUGGGAAACAAGCAUCAUGGACAAUGCAUAAGUAUAUACAGUCAUUAAGCAAUUUGGAAGUCCCAGCGCAACCGAAUCUUCCGCUAUUCUGCACACCUAUUGAUGAAGUUGAUAUUAGCAUUGAACUCUGUGGAUUAAAGUUUCCAAAUCCGUUUGGAUUAGCAUCAGCUCCACCCACAACAAGCUCAGCUAUGAUGAGGCGUGCAUUUGAAGCUGGAUGGGGAUUUCAAUUAACAAAAACCUUUGUAUUAGAUAAGGACUAUGUGAUUAAUGUCUCUCCACGCAUUGUUCGAGGAAGUACUUCAGGGCACCAAUAUGGACCAGGCCAAAGCUCUUUUUUGAAUAUUGAAUUAAUUAGUGAGAAAUCAGCAGCUUACUGGUGUAAAUCAAUAUCUGAAUUGGUUAAAGACUUUCCAAAUCAGAUUUUAAUUGCAAGUAUUAUGUGUGGCUAUAACCAAGAAGACUGGACAGAGUUAGCAAAAAUGUCUGAAGUUGCAGGAGCACCAGCACUUGAAUUAAAUUUAUCGUGCCCUCAUGGAAUGGGUGAAAAAGGAAUGGGUUUAGCAUGCGGUCAGAAUGCAGAGUUAGUUUAUAAUAUUUGCAAAUGGGUCAGAGCUGCAGUAAAAAUUCCUUUUUUUGCAAAAUUAACCCCAAAUGUCACUGAUAUUGUAGAAAUAGCUCUUGCUGCUAAAAAUGGUGGAGCUGAUGGUGUCACGGCAACAAAUACUGUUUCUGGAUUGAUGCACUUAAAAUCAAAUGCUGUUCCAUGGCCAGCUGUUGGUCAAGAGAAACGAACUACAUAUGGUGGUGUUUCUGGGAAUUCAAUCCGUCCUAUUGCUCUUCGUGCUGUAUCUGCAAUUGCUUCGGCUCUUCCGGGUUUUCCUAUUUUGGCAACUGGAGGUAUAGAUUCAGCCGAGGUGGGAUUGCAAUUUAUACAUGCAGGAGCAAGUGUAGUGCAGAUAUGCAGUGCAGUACAGAAUCAAGAUUACACGGUUAUUGAUGAUUAUGUCAGCGGUUUAAAGUGUCUUUUAUACAUGAGUUCGUGUGACGAGUUUGCUAGUUGGAAUGGCCAGAGCGAACCAACAGUCAGACAGCAAAAAGGAAAACCAAUUGCGAAAGUUGCUGACGUUAGUCUACCUCAUUUCGGAGAAUAUAAACGCAAAAGAGAAAUUGCAAUUGCCAACAGUAUCAAAGAGUCGAAUAUAUUGAGAGAAGAACUGUUUCCGAUGAAAGUACGACCGGCUAUUGCGCCAAAAAACAAAAUUGCAUCUGUCAAGGAUAUGGUUGGUCUUGCGCUAAAUUACAUUGGGAAAUACAACGAUCUCUCAAAUAAGCAGCAGGUUGUGGCUGUUGUAGAUGAUGAGAUGUGCAUCAACUGUGGUAAGUGUUAUAUGGCGUGCAACGACUCCGGUUACCAAGCUAUAACAUUUGAUCCUUAUACUCAUUUGCCACACGUGACUAAUGAUUGUACUGGCUGUACGUUAUGCGUUAGUGUCUGUCCUAUUAUAGAUUGCAUAACAAUGGUUGAACGGCAGACACCUUAUAUUCCUAGUCGUGGUAUUCCUUUAUCAAUCAAAGUAUAAUAGUGGUUAUUUUAGGUUGUUUUGUUAUGGUUGUUUAUGAUUUUUUAUAUGCUUUUUUUUUU